AUGGAUUGUCUUCCAGAUGAUCUCCUUGUCCAAAUCUUAUAUUUACUUCCCACGAAAGAGGCUGUUUCAACCUCUGUUCUCUCCAAGAGAUGGAGGACUCUGUUUACUCGCAGUGAUAAUCUUGACUUUCACGAUCCCAUCUCCGGGCGCCCCGAAGAUAUCCUAAAGAGUUUCAAUGAUUUCGUGGACAGUUCAUUAGCUUUUCAAGGUGGUAAACAUAUAAAAAAGUUCUCACUUCAUACUAAAAUUAAAACAUUUGAAUAUCACGUACUUGACCGCUGGAUUUGUAAUGCCCUGGAACACGGUGUCUCUGAACUUCAUCUACACCUAAUGCAUGAAUCGUGGCCGUGGUUGUUUUCUAUCCCAUCUAAAGUUUUCAACAGCUCAACACUGGUUAAGCUGUCAUUGGGAUCGAGACUAUACUGCCCAAGUUUUCCUCCGGAUACAUCUCUCCCAGCACUAAAGGUUCUGCUCCUUGAUUCAAUCUUGUUUCGGGAUGAUCAAUUAUCUAAUGUGUUUCUCGCUGCAUGCCCUGCACUUGAGGACUUAACCAUACAUCACACGUAUCACCCAUGCGUCAUAUCCAGCAAAAGCAUUAAGAAACUUUCACUUAGCGUUAACAGUGGUUAUUAUGGUGCUGGUUAUAUUCUUACACUUGACACGCCAAGUGUUGUCGACCUCUACUACUCUGAUUCCCCUCGGCAUAACGCUCCACUUUUUCAUUUAGAUUCACUUGCGAAAGUUACAUUGGACCUUCAUUUCAUAGAAAAUAACAAUCGCGAGGUGCAAAAUGACGCUGAUGUGAAAAAUCUCAUUAGGGAGAUAUGCAACGUCAAGACCCUUCACUUGACUUGUUCUACAGUCGAGGUGAUUUCCGUAUACUGCAAAGGUGGACUACCAAUGUUCAACAACCUUGUUGAGUUAGUGUUUUCGAGUAAAAAGGAAGGUUGGAGAGUGCUUCUGCCUCUUCUGCUAGAGAAUUCUCCAAACCUUGAAACUCUGGUUCUCUCGGAUCUGCAUCGUUACACAUUUGGACGAAGACAUCGGUUUGUAGGGAUUCCAAUUCCCCCGAAUAACCAAAUAAAGGUACUGCGUAUCAUGCAGUACCAAGGAAGUGCAACUGUACUGAAACACAUUAGUCAUUUCUUACUGAAUAUGGAUUGUCUUGAAGUUAUGAAAGUCAACGUUGCAGCUGCAUUGGAUGACCCCAAAAAGAUGCAGCUCACAGAGGAUCUGUUAAAGCUUCCCACAGCUUCAUGCAAGCUCAAGAUUCAAGUCCUGUGA